CUUCAGAAAAGCAUAUUCCUGAUUGGGUGGUCGCCGUGCCUCCCUUUUGUGUGGUGUCUGCCCCACCAUUUCGUCCUCUUUAGCUUAGCUACAUUCGUCUCCUUUUUCGUCUCUCUCUCUCUCUCUCUCUCUCUCUCUCUGGGUUUUGGGAUAAUGGUUUUUCCUCUUCCAUGGAGGCUCAUAGUUCUCGGUGGUGGUUUCCAUGCGUCCUGACGAUAGAUCUUCGGUGGAGUUUCUUCUUUCGUUUAUUGUUUUACUUCUUUCAUUGGUGACUUGUUCAGGUUCCUCUGUCUCUAUUUCUGUCCUCCCUAUUAUUUUUUAGAUGGUGCUUUUUGUCUCUACUGUAGCGGAUAUGAUGGUGAUGCGUCCUAAUGAUAAAGUCGUAGUGGGGUUUGAAGGGCGUAGUAUAGUGCGAUCUAUGUCUGUGGUGGUCUGACACGGUGCUUUUAUAGGUGUGGCGGCUGAUUUGUAGAUUCGGUGAGGCAGGGCAGUUUCGAAGUGUGGGUGAGUUAGUUUUGCUAGGUUCCGUUGGGUUGGAGGCACUUUGGUGUUGUGGUGUUCUUCGUUGAUGUUCUUUUUUAUGGUUGUUUCGGUGACGCUCCCUUCUGCUUUUUUUUUUUUUCUUACAAUCUGGUGAGGCAGGGCAUAUUCGAUUUGUUGAGGAGGGCCUGAACCUUCAUUGAUAGAUGAAUGCACUUUCCCACGUAGUGACGUAAAAGCAAACAUACUAUUAUAAGCUCGAUAUUGUCCUUAAAAUUUCUGCUUUGUGGAUCGUUAUUGGUCAUCAAAUUGUACAGUAAAUUAGGAGGCUUUAUCAAAUUUAUGUUAAUGUAGUAUAGGAUAUCAUUAGAAGUAAAUUUGAAUUUGAAUUUGAAUUAGGAUAAAUAGGUUUUUUUUUAAUACAGUUUCAUAGAUUUUUUAUUUUAAAUGAUUUAUGGCAUCACUUUUCCAAUUGGGGUAAGAGAGAGAAAUACUGUGAAAAUAGGCAUUGCAUGUGGUGGUACCACUUUUUUUGUUUGAAUUUUUUGUAUAGUAUAAGAUAAGAUUUAAGAGGUUUGAUUCUACUCCAAAGGAUAGUUUAGAUAUGUGAGAUUUAUUUUUCAUAUAUAAUGGUGAUUUUAGUCGUAUUUUUAUUCAAUAUGAGACUUUUUAACAUACAUUUAUAUAUUUACGGUUGGACAUCUGAAGCAUGGAAUAUGUAGGAAUAACACAUGUGGGUGACUCAUAACGGGUGAUCUCCACUACACUUGAUUUAAGAUAGAUUUUUUUUUUGUUAUAAGAGGAAGAGUUAAAAUAUAUUCUUUUGUGAGAAAAUGAGAAAAAGAAAGGAAUUUAAAUUGAGAAAAAUAGAAGGAAAAUUUCCAUAAAAAAAUAGAAGGAAAAUAAUACAUUCGUGAAAUCACCCAUUUAUGAUGAUAGAAAGAUCUUUAUUGUUAUUUUUACUUUCAUUUUUUCCUUGGCUCUCUAUAAAAUUGUAUCAAAUAAAAUAAUUUAAAAAGAUUCUAACUAUUCCUUCCCUCAAUCAAUCACUACAAUAUGAUUUUAUUGCAAUCAUAUCUGAUUUUCUUUUUCCUAAAAAACUCACCUUAUUAUUGGUUCAAUUCUGUGCAUUGCUCAAUACCAAAUAACAAAAAUGAACGCUCGUAGUUAAAUUUGAAUUAAUUUUAGAUUUAUUCAUGCCUUGUAUGCUAAUUUUCUUUCUUAUUGACAUUGUAAUGCUUAAAUGUCUUUUCGGUUAUUGUUUUGGAAUAUAUGAGUUAGAAUGUUCCGUUUGAUUCAAAUGAAUGCUUGAUAGUGAAACGUAAUGGACCUAACGGGUAUCACGUCCACACAAUUUUAGGAUCUGUAAUUUCAAAUAUAUUUGUAGCCGUAAUAAAAUGAAGUUAGGAAAAAGAAGAAAAAUCAAACUUGUGAAUGAUCAUAGGGUUAUAUAAUCAGAAGUAGCUGUACAUUUCAAAAAGAGAGUGACGGAGGCUGCAUGUGAUCUACCCAUCCGAAAAUCCUGAGCAGCGACUGAAGGAUGGAGAACAGAUCAAGAGGGAGAGGCAAAGCGAAGGAGGAGGCAGGCCAAGGCAAUCGUCAAGUUCUUGGAGACAUUGGUAAUUUGGAGGUGCUUAGAAAUGCUGAAGGGAAGCAGAUUUCACGGCCCAUCACAAGGAACUUUCACACAAAAUUGUUGGCAAGUGCACAAGCUGCAGCAAACCUGGUAGUACAAGCUAAUGAGCAAGGAACUCCACUAGGGAAGAAACGUGUUAUUGUAACUACACUGGACAAUGGAGGAAUUGUUCACAAGCAAAGUGGUGUACAAGAUUUGACACAGAAGCCAAAUCCUGAUCCUGUAGACAUGGUUAGUUCUGAUGAUUUUGUUUGUGAAAUGAAGUGUGAAAUAUCUAGAAGGAAUGUCCAGACUCUGAGCUCAACGCUUAAUGCACAAAGCAAGGCUGCUAGCGGAGUCGUGGCCGAGCCUGCGGAUCAGCCAGUUGAAAUCGAUGCAGAAAAUGCUAACAAUGAACUUGCAGUAAUUGAAUACCUCGACGAGCUAUACAAAUUCUAUAAACAAACAGAAGGUGACAGCAGAGUUUCAGAUUACAUGAAAUCACAGCAUGAGAUUAAUGAGAAGAUGAGGUCUAUUACUGUUGAUUGGCUGCUUGAGGUCCAUAACAGAUUCAAAUUAAUGCCGGAGACACUCUACCUUACCAUAAACAUACUUGAUCGAUACCUCUCAUCGACGGACAUACCGAAAAAAGAAUUACAGUUAGUGGGCAUAAGCUCAAUGCUCAUAGCUUGCAAAUAUGAAGAGAUAUACCCUCCUCAGAUGAUUGACUUAGUUAGCAUAUCAAAUGAUGCUUACACCAAACAUCAAAUUCAUUCCAUGGAGAGAUCAAUUCUUGAGAAGUUACAAUGGUAUUUAACAGUUCCCACACCUUAUGUCUUUCUAGUCAGACUAAGCAGUGUUCAGCCAGAUAAACAGAUGGAGAACCUGGCUUUUUUCCUCGCCGAACUCACUCUUGAGCACUACCAAGCAAUUGUUUCAUACUCUCCUUCAACGAUUGCGGCAUCAGCAAUCUACGCUGCUCGCUGCACCCUCAACCGGCGUCCAUUCUGGAGCGAAACGCUCAAGCGCCUAUCCAGCUACUGCACAGAACAGAUAAUAGAAUGUGCUAAGCUAUUAGUCAGUUUACAAACAAGCGCCGCAGAUUCAAAACCUAACGCACUGUACUGGAAAUUCUCAAGCGAAGACAAAGGUUUCGUUGCUCUUCUACCUCCAACCAAAAACAUAGAGAAUCAAUUACUCAUGUAAUAAUCAGUUUCAUGAUUUGUUCAAUUCAGAUCCAGAUUGCAAGAGAAUAUAAAAUUCAAUCUCAGAUUCAGAUUUUCAUUA